GGGGAGUACGACAAAGGUCUCCAUAUCGGUGCAAUCUUCAUUCUUCUUGCUUCAUCCUUCUUUGGUGUUGGCCUCCCAGUCGCUUUAGCAGGUUGGAAAGACAUGUCGAUAUUUAAAUGGGCACUGUUUAUUGUCAAACAUUUUGGUACAGGUGUUAUAUUGUGUACAGCUCUUAUUCACUUGCUAUUUCACGCUUUUGUCAUGUUUGACAAUGAGUGUUUGGGCGAAUUACCUUAUGAGCCAACUGCAGCAGCGAUAUCACUAGCAGGAGUGUACAUUAUUUUCUUGAUUGAUUACCUUGGGAUGAGGUAUAACUCGAGGAAGACACGAGAGUUAGCAAUCGCGGCUGGAACACUCGACAAUAAACAAGAUAUACCAGAAAAUUACUCAGUACAUACGACACCAGAAGCAGCAAUGAAGCAACUUAAGUGGGAAGUCAAUUUGCUCGAAUGUGGUAUUGUUUUCCAUAGUGUGAUGAUAGGUGUAUCACUUGGCGCAACUGGCGGAAGUAACUUUGUGCCAUUUUUGAUAGCAAUUGUGUUCCAUCAGUUAUUUGAAGGAUUGGGAUUAGGAUCGCGUAUUUGUUUGCUUAAAUUUAACAAAUGGAAUAAAGUGAAGAAAUCGCUAAUGAUAUUUUGGUUUAGCAUAAUAACUUCAAUUGGUAUAGCAAUCGGAAUUGGUGUACAUAAUAGUUACAGUCCAAAUUCCAAGUCCGCCUUGCUGGCUAUCGGUAUACUAAAUGCAAUAUCAGCCGGAAUAUUAAUAUACGCCUCUCUGGUUGAGAUGAUUGCUGCAGAUUGGUUCAAAGACCCAGAGAUGAGGAAUAGUGGCUUUUACAAGACGACACUAGGUAUUUCUAUGUUGCUGUUAGGAUCAUUACUUAUGGCUGUACUGUGA